UUUGAACAGGUUUUGCCAAACACAGAUAACGCCCCACCACGGUGACGUUUGGGUCACUCCUCUCUUUGCUGCAAUAAGUGCCAGCCUCUUAUCGGAUGGUAACACUUUGAUCUCGCUAUCGAAGGCGCGUGUCGCUCUAUUCUCACCUGAGCACCUCGUUAAGGACACGAACUCCUCCAAAUCCCUGUGGCCCAAAAUACAAAGAAACCCUUGAAGAUGGGGGGUUGUGCGUGGUGGUAAUGGAAAAUUGAGGUCAGCAGAUAAGGGAGAGGGGGGUCACUGCUUCUCAGUAUAAAACUGGGGAGUCCCGGUCAGCUCAACUCAACCGCUGCAGACUCCUGGCCGGUGUGUGGUGGUUCGGUGAACAACGCUUGCACCAUGAAGUGGCUCAUCCUUGCCUUGGUGUGCCUCCAGCUCUCGGAGGGGCUGGUGAGGAUCAAUCUGAAGAAAGGCAAGUCUAUAAGGGAGAAAAUGAGGGAGGCUGGAGUGCUGGACGACUACCUGAAGAAAAUUAAGUAUGAUCCAGCCCAGAAAUACCGCUUCGGUGAGAACUAUGUUGUGGCCGAGCCGAUAACCAACCACCUGGAUUCCUCUUACUUUGGGGAAAUCAGCAUCGGGACCCCCCCUCAGAACUUCUUGGUGCUCUUCGACACCGGUUCCUCCAACCUGUGGGUGCCCUCCACCUACUGCCAGACGGCGGCUUGCAGCAACCACGCCACGUUCAAUCCCAGCGCAUCCUCGACCUUCAACUACAACGGCCAAUCCUACACCCUCUCCUACGGCAGCGGAGCGCUCACGGUGGUGCUGGGCUACGACACCCUGACUAUCCAGAGCAUCUCAGUCACCAACCAGGAGUUCGGGCUUAGCGAGAAUGAGCCAACCCAGCCUUUCUACUACGCCGAUUUUGAUGGCAUCCUGGGUAUGGGCUACCCCGCUCUCGCAGCAGGAGGGACACCCACCGCUCUGCAGGGCAUGCUGCAGCAGAACCAGCUCACCCAGCCCAUCUUCAGCUUCUACUUCUCUCGCCAGCCCACCUACAACUACGGAGGAGAGCUCAUUCUUGGAGGAGUUGACACUCAGCUCUACCAAGGGGAGAUUGUAUGGGCACCAGUGACUCAGGAGCUUUACUGGCAGAUCGGAAUUGAUGAGUUUGCUAUUGGACAGUCAGCGACCGGCUGGUGCAGCGAGGGCUGCCAGGCCAUCGUGGACACCGGGACGUUCCUGCUGACGGUGCCCCAGGGCUACAUGGGCAGCUUUGUCCAGGCCUUGGGUGCCCAGCAGACCAGCUAUGGGUACGCUGUUGACUGCAGUCAGAUCGAGAACAUGCCCACCAUCACCUUCGUCAUCAACGGAGCUGCGCUCCCACUCUCUCCCUCUGCCUACGUCAUGAACCAAAACGGCUACUGCACUCUUGGGAUCGAGGAGACCUACCUGUCUUCCCAGAAUGGGCAGCCUCUCUGGAUCUUGGGUGAUGUCUUCCUCAAGGAGUAUUACACUGUCUUUGACAUGGGCAACAACCGUAUUGGCUUCGCUACAUCAGCAUAGAGGAGGGGAGCAAUGAAACCCAGCCCCUGUCCUGGCCAAACACAUCUUAGCCAGCAUUGCUAGAGCACCACGGGGUUCUCAUGGGUCUUUAUGUUCCUUUACGUGCUUGCACAGCUCCCUGCCCCCCUGGGAUCUCUGUGUAAGUGUGUUCUUACAGUCUCCUGUUAUAAAUA